UCUGGCCAAAGCCAGCAGCGGGGAUCAGCUGUGAUGAAGAGCAGUGGGACAUCAGGAACCAGUCAGUCUGAGGAAGGAAGCAGAGCAGAGGGAGCGUACAGGAGAUAACACAUUUCUCAUAUUCUUAGCUAUCCCACCAUUCAGGCAGGAUGGCUCGGGAUAUGACAGAUAAAGAGAUCCUGAAAAUGGAGCUGGAUCAGUUGAAGAAAGAAGUUAGCACACCUCGGACACCAGUGGGUGCAAACUGUCAAGAGACAAUUUCCUUUGUUGAGGGCUUGGCUGCAGAUGAUCCACUGAUCAAAGGCGUUCCAGAUGACAAGAACCCCUACAAGGGAGACAAGGGAGGCUGCAUAAUAACAUAGCAUACAGACAUCCAGGGGAAAAGUCACACUAUUUUUUAUGAGAGUCAGUUACACCGCUGUAAUAAUCCUGUAGAAUUGUUGUGGAGUAAGUACAGUAAUAAGAAACCAAAGGCAGGACAUCUGUGUUGGUGUUGUAUCGCGACCGAGAAUGAGCCCCAUUCCCAUUACUGGAUUAUGUACAUCUUGUUAUGAAUAUGCAUCUUUGUAAUUAAAAAUAAAUAGCUGUGUAAAGCUUUAACAUG